AUGGACCCGUCGUGGCACCACCACGCUCCUCCUCCUCCGCCUCCGCUACCAAUUGGUGGAGCGCCACCACCUCAGGCGGCAACAAUCUGCCCAGUUUGCUCAAUGGCCAGCUGCAAACCCCGUCAGCAGCCGCCUUGGAUCCCAAGUUCUGGUUUUGAUAAAGACCCAGAUGGGAAUAUGUAUGCUAAUAGUCAUUCCACUUAUGCUGGGGCUAAAAGAAUGAGGUUUGAUGAUUCGGGCUUUUCGCCAAGCCCGGCCCACCCGUCUUUGGCUGCUGAGGAUGAGAGAAGAUUGAAGCUGAUUCGCGAUCACGGUGGGGCAAUGAGUGGGGAGUCCAGAAAUUCUGCUACUAAUUUAGGGACGAGCAAUUCUUUUGAUCCUGGUUAUUGUGAUUAUGUCCCAAAAUCGAAUUUUGGGCAUGAUAGUGAUCGUAGUAGUUUGCAUCAGAAUAAUGUGUAUGAAUAUAGUAGACGUAGUUUGAAUAGCAUAGAGCAGCUCAGACAAAGUCAAGAAAGAAUGGGCUUCAAUCGGCAUGGUGUAUCAGGGGAUCAAUAUGGUAAUUUGCCGAACCAAAACGGGCAGAAUAUUGGGCUGACUCAGAAUUAUAGGGUGUUUAGUAGCCAGCCUCCACUUCCAGCCUCUCCACCUCCACCUCUUCCUGUGGAUCCCCCAGGGCAGCAUAUGGUGCGGCCUGUUGUCUCGUCUUCACCGUCUGGUACAUCUGCUUCUUUGUUCCGGUUGCUCGAGGUUCUUCUUCAACCGCCGUUCAGUCGUCCUCAUAUCAUCCUGUUCCAGAAUCAAGUUUGUUGGCAUCGCAUCAACCCAUUAGAGGCAAUCUCCAUGCUUCGACCAGCUUUGGUCCUGAGGAUUUACAAGGUAUACGACAAGCGCAUAUAA